AUGGGAAAGGUGUUUGAUGCCACAGAAGUGGCUAAACACAACAAUAGCAAGAGUUGCUGGGUCAUUCUCUAUGGCAAGAUUUACGAUGUCACUAACUUCCUUGCCGAACAUCCGGGUGGUGCAAAUGUCAUCCUUAAACUCGCAGGCAAAGAUGCGACAGAGGAGUUUGACCCAGUACACCCAGCAGGGACUUUAGAGGAGAACCUAAAGCCCGAGGCCUUUAUUGGGAAUGUUGAUCCUGCAACAGUGACCAAGAAAGAGACGCCCGUGGCACCAGAGAAGAUCAAUGAUCACCCUCCUGUCACAGCCCUUUUAAAUAUGGAUGAAAUCGAGGAAGUGGCGACCGCGAAGAUCAGCAAAAAAGCCUGGGGAUAUUACUAUUCGGCCGCAGAUGACAAAAUCACUAAGCGAUUGAAUACAGAGGCAUUUCGCUCUAUUGUUUUGCGACCGAGAGUGUUUAUCGACUGUACCGAGUGCAGUCUUGAUGUGAGCUUAUUAGGAAACCCGGUAUCGAUGCCAAUUUAUGUGUCUCCUGCCGCCCAAGCUCGCCUGGGACAUCCAACUGGUGAAGCAGGAAUCGCGGAGGCAUGUCGCAGCUUCGGGGCUUUGCAAAUAAUUUCCAACAGUGCCUCUAUGACGCCAGAGCAAAUUGUGGAGAAUGCCUCACCCGACCAGUCAUUUGGCUGGCAGUUGUACGUGCAGGAAAAUCGAAAUAAGAGCGAGAAAAUGAUUGCUCGAAUCAACAAGCUUCGUGCGAUCAAAUUUGUUGUACUCACACUGGAUACGCCUGUUAUGGGUAAACGGGAAGAUGAUCAGAGGAGCGGCGAUGUCAUCAAUGAAAUUACCGAGGCAGACUUGCCAGAAACCGCCCGGAAAGACAAAGAAAAGCAAGUGUUUGCAGGGCUUGAUCCUACUCUCACUUGGAGGGAGACUCUUUCGUGGCUGGCAAAACACACCAAGCUUCCUGUCAUUCUCAAAGGGAUCCAAACACAUGAAGAUGCCUAUAUCGCCACACUUUAUCGACCCCAGGUCAAGGGCAUAAUUCUAUCUAAUCACGGUGGUAGAUCCCUUGACACCUCUCCUCCUGCUGUGCAUACAUUGCUCGAAAUCCGGAAAUACUGUCCUGAAGUCUUUGAUAAAGUCGAAGUUUGGAUAGAUGGCGGUGUUAAGAGAGGCACUGAUGUAGUCAAAGCCAUCUGCCUGGGUGCAAAAGGGGUCGGUAUUGGACGACCACCACUAUGGGGGCUGGCCGCCGGAGGUGUCGAUGGUGUCAAAAGGACACUGCAAAUCUUGGCUGACGAGACCAAAACUUGCAUGCGCUUACUGGGUGUGCAAAAGCUUGACCAGCUUGGAAUGCAUCAUAUCAAUGCACGAACUUUAGAAGAAAAGAUAUAUGAUGGCCCCUCUCGUCUCGAUAUUUGCCGGGCAGAUCACAAGUCAAAGCUUUAG